GCAAGAUGGCUGCCUCGCUUUGUCUAACCGGGUCUGGUUAAAUUGUAAUUCUGUGGAGAAACAGGUUUUGGUUUCACUUAGAUAUCAACACUAAUGAGAGGCAAAGCGCGCACCUCGUGUUUUCGAUCAGCAAGAGAUGACUGAAGAGCACAAGAGUACGAGCAAGUUGAAUACAUUGGUGGAGAAACUUCAUGAAUAUUUGGCUCAUUCAUCAGAAGAAUCUGAGGAAACAAAUUCGCCCCCGGCUUCAGACAGAUCAUUAGGUAAAAGUAACAGAAGUGAUAGAUUGCACAACAAGGAGCAAAACAUGGAGGAGCCUGGCAGCUCAUCUGAGAGUUUGAAGUCUCCAUUAUCUUCCCGUUCAAAAAGGAAACCUUCAGUAGUAACCAAAUACACUGGGUCGGAAGAUUCUGAUAAUUCACAGGAAAGUGACAAUGAGGAGAAGUUCAGAACAUCAAAGAAUAAAUUAGAUGUGAAAAGAUUGCCAAAAGGAACAGUGGUGGUUGAGCCCGAGCCAGUAUCAAAUGAAGCAAAAGAUGAUUUCAGAGGGCCAGAGUUCAGAACUAAAACUGCCAAACCUAAAGCAGAAAGUUCGAAAAAGCGAGGAGAAGAAAGCAUGCAUGGCAUCGUCAGCUGUACUUCCUGUGGGCAACAAGUGAACCAUUUCCAAAAAGAUUCAUUUUAUCAGCAUCCUGCACUUAAAGUUCUUGUCUGUAAGAGUUGUUAUAAAUAUUAUAUGAGUGAUGAUAUAAGUAAGGAUGCAGAUGGGAUGGAUGAACAGUGCAGGUGGUGUGCUGAAGGAGGAAACCUUAUUUGUUGUGACUUUUGUAAUAACGCCUUUUGCAAAAAAUGUAUUUUACGCAACCUGGGUAGAAAAGAACUGUCAAGUAUUAUGGAUGAAAACAGCAAGUGGUACUGCUAUGUAUGUAACUCUGAACCUUUGCUGGACCUGGUUGCUGCUUGUGACAGUGUGCUGGAGAACCUGGAGCAGUUAUGGCAACAACACCGAAAGAAACCCAAAUCUGAAAAUGAGAAGACAAACCAGGAUGGCAACAUGCACAAACAUUCACAGAAAGCCAAAGCUACCUGUAAUGGAACAGAAAACAGCUUGGACAACUUGGCUUCAGGCACCAUAACAGUUUCCUACAAAUCACUGAAGGUGCCAAAAGAAUUGAUUAAAAAGACAAAAAAACUAGUAGAAACAACAACUGGCUUGAAUGCCACUUUUGUGAAAUUUCUCCAGCAGGAUACGGAAAAGCUACCUACUAAUUUAAUUAGGUUAAGACAUUUGAAAGCCUUCAAAUCUGUACUUGAAGACCUAAAGAAUGCACAUGCUGCACUAGAGGAAGAUUUGGAUGAGGAGUUCAAGGAAUUGGCGCUUUUGAAUGGUGAAGAAAGUGGCUGUGAGGUAAAUAAUGGAGGAUUAAAAUCACAACAGGAAAAGGAAGUCAGUGAAGUUGAGGACAAUGUUGACCUGCCUAACAGUGAUGUUGACAAUGGUGCUGAAGAUAAUUUAGAGGACACUCUUGAGAAUGCCCACUGUGCAGAUGAGAGCUAUGUUAAUCCAGCUGAGAGCAGUGGAGAUGGGAGCAGUGUUACCCCAGCUGAGAACAAUGAAGAUGAGAGCCGUGCUAACCCCGAUGAGAACAGUGGAGAGGAGACAAUGUGGUGUGCUGUUGAUGAUGCUGCUGACAAUGUUACUCAGAGCAAAGUUGAUGCUUUUGAUGAUGCAGUUGAGGAAAAUGCUGAUUCUGACAAACACGAUGACCCAGAUUUUGAUAUGAAUGAAGACGUUGACCAGGAGAGUGAUGUUGAAAUGAAGUUAACGCCUGCUCUUUCUCCUGGAGAAGUUGAUGAGCCCAGGGAAAAUGAUGACACAAAGAAUGAGCAGAAUGAAAAGAAACCAGAGACUGGAAGAAGCACGAAUUGUCAAGAAGAUGAAUCUGCACAGGCCAAUGAGUGUGCUCUUGAUAAAGAAAUUGUCUCUGUUCCAUCAUCUGUUCCUGAAGAGCUUUUUGAGGCAGCUGACUCCUCGGUGGAUGCUUCUGGCAGUGCAGAAGUAACUGAGGAUAAUCCUGUAAAAAACAGGAAAACAGCAAAAAAUAGCUUGUCAAAGAGCAGUACUUCACGGAAAACAUCUAAGCAUAGCAGCAACUCCAAAGUAAAAUCUACAGUUAAAGUGACAAAAGAACUUGUUGUGAAGUUGACUCCUGUUUCAAUAACAGAUUCUACCAGUGUUUCAGAGGCAGAAGAAAGCAAUGAUGAGAAAUUGAAAAAGGUUAUUUCAGAUGAAGAGGAGUCUGAUGAUCCAGAAGCCUUAAAGGAGGGUCUGCAAUGCAGGCGGUCUCCACGUGUAAAGACUACACCCCUGAGGAGACAUGCUGACACAAAGCUGUCUUCGCACCCAGAAGACGAUAGUGAUACGAACAAUGACAAACCCAAGCAUUUCCAAAAAGCAAAAGCCAAAUCUACCGAUGGAUCUUCUGCAAAGGCAAAGAAAGAAUCCACAGAGAGGCAGAUGGCUUCCAGCAGCAAAGCAUUAGAUUCUUCCGAUUCUGACAUUCCUGACAUCUUAAAACAAGUGGAAGAUGAGAGUCCUGGUUCCCUCGAGGCAGACAGCAGUGAGGACUCGCCAAAAAGCGUGCAAAGGAAAUGCUUGUUUAGCCUCAGGAAAAGCACUGCACAGUCCCAGGAUAAGAAAGCUGCCAAGCGAAAACAGAUUAAAACCACCUCUGAAUCUGACCCUGAGGUGAAGAAGUCUACUGUUAAAAAGAAAAAACAGAAUGGCUCCGAUUCUUCUAAUUAUGACUCUGACUUGGAGAAGGAAAUGAAGAGUCUUAGUAAAUUAGAAACUGCCAAGAAGGGCAGUCGAAAGAGUAAGAAAGACCCGAAGGAGGAAGAGAUAAAGGGUUCUUCAUCUGAUGACAAUGAGACUCCUCAAGAGAAGAAAAAGUUAAAAACCAAAGAGAAGCGACCGAAAGUCAAGAAGGUUGUAAAUUCUGACUUGUCUUCAAGUGAAGCAGAAACAGCAGAACAGACUGGUGAGCAGGACUCUGCAGGAAGCAGUGAUGAGCAGAAGAUUCAAUCAAUAACAGAAACUCUUGCUGGUCCCAUUGGCAAAAGUUUUUGCCAGUCAUCAGGAGAUGAAGCAGACGUUAAAUCUGGUCUUGCUCUAGGUGCUGCUGAUGACGAUGACGACCCUGAGAAUAGAAUCGCAAAGAAGAUGAUCUUGGCUCAAAUCAAGGCAAACAUGUCCUCUGGGGAGGAUGGCUCAUCGGAUGAUGAAGAAUCGGAGAAGGACAAGAAAAAGAAAUCUGAGAAGGCAGCUGGGGAGGAGGAAGAUGAUGAGGAAGAGGAGGAGGAAGAGGGUUCUGAAACUGGUUCGGAUUCUGAUUUUGAGAUGACUAAGAAGUCUCGCUAUCGACACCGUCUGCUUCGACACAAGCUCUCCGUGAGUGACGGCGAGUCUGGGGAGGAGAGCCAAUCAAUUAAGAAAAAGGAAGGCAAACGGAGGUCCAAGAGGAAAGUGAGCAGUGAUGAUUCUCUGGAUUCUGAUUUUGAAGAGUCUGGUGUGAGUGAGGAGAUGAGUGAGGAGGAGGAUGAUGAGGAUGGGGAAGAGAAAAAGAAGCGCCCUAGAACAAGAUCAUCCAAGAAAUCUGGCGCUGAAGAAAAUCUGCGCAGCUACAAACAGAAGAAGAAGAGACGGCGUAUUAAAGUGCAGGAGGAUUCAUCUAGUAACGAAAAGAGUAAUGAGCAGGACGAUGAAGACAGCGAUGAUGAUGAAGACGAUGACGACGACUCAGUGUCUCCUGGAAAGGGUCGAAAGAAGAUUCGAAAGAUUCUCAAAGUGGAUAAAUUGAGAUCCGAGACCCAGAACGCCUUGAAGGAGGAGGAGGAGAGGAGGAAGCGCAUCGCGGAACGAGAACAAUUAAGGGAAAAGCUAAGAGAGGUCGUUGUUGUUGAAGAGUCUUCUCAAAUCCCGGUUCCCAUAACAACCAAGCUGGUAUUGGAUGAAGAUGAAGAGACCAAGGAACCCCUCGUGCAGGUGCACCGGAACUUGGUCACGAAACUAAAACCUCAUCAGGUCGAUGGUGUGCAGUUUAUGUGGGAUUGUUGCUGUGAGUCGUUGAAGAAAACUAAAAAGUCAGCUGGAUCUGGUUGUAUUCUUGCACAUUGUAUGGGUCUUGGAAAGACGUUACAAGUGGUGACGUUACUACACACCUUGCUGUUGUGUGAGAAGCUGGAGUUCAAAACAGCCCUGGUGGUCUGUCCACUCAACACUGUUCUCAACUGGCUGAAUGAAUUUGAGAAGUGGCAAGAAGGCAUGACCGAUGAAGAGAGUUUAGAGGUGAACGAACUUGCCACUGUGAAGCGGCCCCAGGAACGGGCAUAUAUGCUGCAGCGCUGGCAGGAAGAUGGUGGGGUCAUUAUCAUCGGCUAUGAAAUGUACCGCAAUCUCACUCAGGGCAAGAAUGUUAAAAGCAAGAAGCUGAAAGAAACUUUCCAAAAGACAUUGGUUAACCCAGGUCCAGACUUUGUCAUAUGUGAUGAAGGACACAUUCUGAAGAACGAAGCCUCUGCUAUAUCCAAGGCCAUGAACUCUAUAAAAACAAGACGCAGAGUGGUCCUUACAGGAACCCCAUUGCAGAACAAUCUUAUUGAAUACCAUUGCAUGGUGAACUUUAUCAAAGAAAACCUUCUGGGUUCGGUAAAAGAGUUCCGGAACCGAUUCAUCAACCCCAUUCAGAACGGCCAGUGUGCAGACUCCACGAUGCAGGACGUCCGAGUGAUGAAGAAGCGAGCCCACAUACUGUACGAGAUGCUAGCGGGAUGUGUGCAGAGAAAAGAUUACACAGCCUUGACAAAAUUCUUGCCUCCAAAACACGAGUAUGUCCUUGCAGUGAGGAUGACUCCAAUCCAGUGCACACUAUAUCGCUACUACUUGGAACAUUUCACAGGUGUGGGCACAAGUGUGGAAAGUGGGAGAGGCAAAACAGGGACCAGACUAUUCCAGGAUUUCCAAAUGUUAAGCAGAAUCUGGACCCAUCCCUGGUGUUUGCAACUGGACUAUAUUAGCAAAGAAAAUAAGGGGUACUUUGAUGAGGACAGUAUGGAGGAAUUCAUUGCAUCAGAAACAGAUGAGUCCUCAAUGAGUUUAUCUUCUGAAGAUGAAAAAAAAAGUAAGAAGAAAAAGAAAGGCAAAGGGAAGAUGGGCAGCAGCUCCGAUGAAAGUGGCAGUGACAAUGAUAUGGAGGUGAUUAAAGUGUGGAACUCUCGAUCUCGUGGGGGCGAGGGGGGGCGAGAGAGACCUGAAAUAGAACCUGCCCAAGAAGAAGUAUCUAAACCUACCUCCAGUUCAAGCCCUGGCAGCCCAUCCCCAGACUGGCACAAGGAGUUUGUUACUGAAGCAGACGCAGAAAUCCUGCAGCACUCUGGGAAGAUGGUCCUGCUCUUUGAAAUUCUCAGGAUGGCUGAGGAAGUAGGAGACAAAGUUCUUGUAUUCAGCCAGUCAUUGAUAUCAUUGGACUUAAUAGAAGAUUUCCUUGAGCUUGCAGGCAGGGCAAAAGAAGAGGGAAAACCAGAGAUUUAUAAAGGAGAUGGGAAGUGGUUUAGAAAUAUUGAUUACUACCGUCUUGAUGGCUCCACUAAUGCAGUCGCAAGAAAGAAAUGGGCUGAAGAAUUUAAUGAUGUUAGCAACGACAGGGGUCGCUUGUUCCUCAUCUCUACAAGAGCUGGGUCUCUUGGGAUUAAUUUGGUAGCUUCCAACAGAGUUAUAAUUUUUGACGCUUCUUGGAACCCGUCUUAUGAUGUUCAGAGUAUCUUCCGAGUGUAUCGAUUUGGGCAGACGAAAACUGUUUUUGUCUACAGGUUUUUGGCUCAGGGCACCAUGGAGGAGAAGAUCUAUGACCGGCAGGUGGCGAAGCAGUCCCUCUCAUUCCGGGUGGUGGAUCAGCAGCAGAUCGAGCGGCACUUCACCAUGAACGAGCUCACGGAGCUCUACACCUUUGAACCCGACCAGCUGGACGAUCCCAACUCAGAGAAGAAGAGCAAGCGAGCUACCCCCAUGCUGCCCAAGGACCUGUUUUUGGCAGAAUUGCUCCAUAACCAGAAAGAGCACAUCGUGGGUUACCAUGAACACGACUCCCUGCUGGACCACAAAGAGGAAGAAGCUCUCAGUGAGGAGGACCGCAAAGCAGCUUGGGCAGAGUACGAGGCAGAGAAGAAGGGUAUGUCCUUCCGUGGGAACAUGCAACCUGACCUCAAUUAUUCUGCUUUUAACAUGGCAGCUCCCAAUACAUAUUUCCCCUUCAAUGUAGCAGCACUCGGCACAAUGUCGAACCAGCAGCUGGAGGAUCUCAUUAACCAAGGGAGAGAGAAAGUUGUGGAGGCCAGCGCUCAGAUAACAUCAGUAACUCGAGAGCCCCUCGAAGAUAUCAUUGGAAAUGUGUGGAAAGAAAAUCCCAACCUGAAUGAGGCUCAAGUUCAGUCUAUGGCACUGGGAAGGCAGGCUAGCGUGGAGCUAGAACUCAAACGCAGGGAGGCAGUUUACAGAGAUGUACUCACAAAGCAGCAAACGCUAAUCCUGUAUAUCCAGAAAGUGUUAACAGACAGAAAAAUACACGAGCAGCAAAUGGCAAUGCAGAGAGCAACGCUGUUGAACCGCAUGGCAAUGCCCAAAAGAGCCAUGGGUGGCGGGCAGGGAGGGUUCAGCCAGCUGGAUCUGAUGGGACUGUAUCAGCAGAUGACCGGUGGAAUGCAACCCCCGCCUCUGCAGCGAGUACCAUCUCCUGCAAACCAGAUGAAGAGCAAAAACCCAGGGACAUCCCAAGGAAACUAGCACUGCAUGGGCAGUCAACCAGGGCCUGCUGUACAUUGAAAAAGGAACAUGCAAGUCCGCCUUUCCUGAAGUAAAAACAAAAUGCUGUUUUGUAGAUAAGGGCAAUGUAAUACACAGAAGGGAUCCUGCUAUUUUAAUUGAAAAACUGUGUACAUAGUUCAUUUUAUUCAAGUUUAAUUAAUGUCAGCCCUGUUUUAACUGCUUUUAAUACACUAAACAGUGCUUUUGCUUAAGAUUAUUUCUUUUUUUUUUGCAUUUCUGUCUCUUGGUCCAUUUUUUGUUGUUUUCAGUUUUCUAAUUUCCAAAACCCAUCAAAACUAAUUUUAUAACAAUCGAGGACAUUAAACUGGGACCACUGCUUUGCUAAUUGACAUAGGUAUUGAUGAAAACAUCCUGAUGCUUAUUGUAGCACCUGCCCUCUAACAUUUUUUUUAUGGAUGCCAGGAAGUAAAAAUGAUAUUGCACGAGGACAGAGUUAAGGUCUAAAGCUGGAGAAAAAAAAGACAAAAAAACAGAUCACUUGAGACAAAUGUUAGGUUAUGGCCUUAUAUGUUGUAACAUCAAAAGAUACAAAAAUAUUACAGAAAUGAAAGUCGUGUUCAAUAUAGGAAGUAUUUUUUGUAUAAUGCUUUGGAGUGAUUAUCUUUAGUAGUAGUUGUAAAAAAAAAAAAAAAAAAAAAAAAAAUUUAGAAAAUGCCUGUAUUGUUUCAAAAUUGCUUGCUAAAUUCUGACUUUUUGUAACCUGACUUCUGGUUGUAAAGUGUUAUUUGCUUAGUAUUGUGUUCCUGUAUGUUUUUUUUUUUUGUCCCACUUGUGUAGUAAUGUUUCGGUACGUCAGCUCACUUCCAAUGCUGAAGUUGCACAGCUGUGAUGACUGUUUAAUUUCUUGAAAAGAAAAAUUCAAAAAUGUGUUCAUUCUGGAGAUAAACUCCUUUUGAUUGCCCAAGGUGUAUUUUGAGAAAUGUGCAGGGACAGCUGUUCUGAAUUGUAUUCUUUUUUGCAAGAAUGUUGUUUUAUGCUAGAGAUUCACCUAUUUGUUUUGCUAUUACCGGUAACCUGCUAUUUACUAGUUAAGUAUUUAAUAUAACAUUUAAUAAAAGUGACCAAAAGGGUGUUUCUCUUGUA